AUGAUUGCUAUUAAGUACAACAGUGGGUCUAAAAGAGUUGUAUGUUUAAGAUGUGGAGACAUUGGUCAUGACAUGAUUUUGUGCAAAAUAUACAAUGCUAUAUCUGUAAAAGCUUUGGCCAUCUAUGAUGUGUCGAACCCGAUGAUUCAAUGUCAUGGGUUGUAUCUUGCUACAAAUGUGGUCAACUAGGUCAUACUGGACUCGCAUGUGGUAGACACU